UUUUCAUCUUAAUAAGAUGUUUUAAUAUCACCCCAUUUGCUCUGUGACUGGAUUUUCGUGAUUAUUGAUUUUGGCUAAUACUCCUAAAAAUACUGAUUUUUCUCCAUUGGUCUCCAUUAUUGAUGGCCCAACCGGAGCUUCUGGGUUCCUCAUCACCGUCCCUUGUCAAAACGCAACGCGUGUACUCCAUGCCGCAGACGACAGAACUCGACACAAUCCGCUCCAGAAGAUCCCCAGACAGACGACGUUCCCGGUUGACACAGAAGAGUCUGGAUGUGUGCCACUACCGGAAGACGGUGGCAAACCUGGAGAAGCGACUGCUGGACCGAGAUCAGCUGCUGGAAGCGAGGGGUGUGAAGAUGGAGGCGCUGCCCACUGAGCACAACAAGACGAUAACCGAGAAGAACGAGGUGCUGGAGCACAUGACGCGGGCGCAGAACGAUGAUGACGUAGUCCGCUUCCUGCCCGUGGAAAUCCUGAGGGAGACCUUCCUGCACCUUAACACCGUUGAUCAGUGGCGGAUGCGGGAAGUGUGCCCCGGUUGGAACCGCAUCCUUGCUUCUGCCGCCAAACCGAAUAAGCGCUUGCUGCACAUCCAGUUCCCACUCGAUCCUUCCCGCUCGUUCCUACUUCGUCGACGCUCGUCUUCCGAGGGCAAAGUUUUUAUUGCUGCCGCCUGUGCAGCUCGCUGUAGGCGUACUUGCCUUGUGGCCAUUGUUGGCUUCCCAGUCCCUGACGAUGCAGAAGACCGGAAUUAUUAUCUGCCGUUGUGUGAUGAACUGACACAAAUCCUUCCACGCGAGCCCAUGCAUGGAGGAGCCGAGAAGAAGUUAUGGGAAAAUCUUGUAUUAAAGGAUGCCAUAUGUGGAACUCCUAACAACGACGAUGAGGAUUACAUUGCCCGUCUUCACCGCAGUUUUGACUCGCUGGCGGCAAUGUGUCGUACAAUGACUGUGACGAACUUCACGUGCAGAGUGGGGACUUCAAUGCCGGAUGGGUUUCAGCCGCUCACAGUCCGCAUCACCUUCGCAAGGAUUAGCCACGACCGCCGUCUGACUGUCGCCGACUGGUGGGACAUGAUUGAACAGGGCUGUCCGCUGCUGGACGACCUCCAGAGGGAUCUGGUGUCCACUACGCUCAAGAAGACUGACCGGAGUUUUGAACUUUCCCGUGGACUUUAUGUGAUUUGGCGCUACCGGCAGCUCGGGGAUCCUCGCAAGUGUCGCACCUUCGGCGAAGCGCCUGAGUUUGGUCCCAGUCCACUGAACUCCAUCGAUGUGGACAAGUUGACACGAAUGGUGCAGUAUCAGAUGUACUGCGCGAUAAUCGGCAUGCCGCUCAGCCAUGAAGUGACCGGGCCCGCUUAGUAGCGUCUUCUCUUUAGGCGGACUUUCAACGGGAGUUAAUUACAAACAAAGAAUGAAAAAUGUUUAUUAAUGAUGGUUUUUGGAAGGUAAUGUCUUUUCCGGCUGAAAUGUUUAACAGUUUCUAUUAGGCGCUUCUAAAGGACUUGGCAAGCGAUGUAUCACGGUUUUGAUAUGAUGUUUUUGUGGACGCAACAUGUGCAUAGCUUUUUGAAUUUGUCAGUUGGUUAAACCAAAGCAGCGCUCACUCGCUGCAAUUUCUAUAGUAAAACUAUGC